CGUCACACUGCACCAUCCACCCCCGACGACGUCGAGUGACCAUAGGGGGGCACACAGCGACGCAGGGGAACUGAAAUGUAAACGCGCAACAAUUGAUCAUAACCAUCCGACUUGUCAGCCUCUCAUCUCUAGUGGAGACGCGGUGAGACAGCGGACACAUAUGUCUCACUUAUAUAGCUGCUGUGGACCAUACCGAGCUGAAAUUGAUUCACGUCAGAGGGUCAAUAAUGUUAUAAGAUAAACGCCGGAAAGCUUCCACUCACGUGUUUGUAUAGUUUCUAUGAAAACUGUAGAUUUUUGUAUUUUUAUACCCGUGUUUUUGUGCGUUCUUCGUGUUUGUUCAGCAACUCUCCUUUCUAAGCACACAUCGUCACAAUACGCGGAGUGCGUGCUCAGUGUGUGGGAUCAAGAAAUGAAAUUAUAGGAAUAAUUCACUCAGAGGAUAAGAGGUGUAACGUUACGUCGUUUAGCUCAGUCACUCCUCACCGGCGCCCGUUCGUCCCAGUCUGCUUCGGGUCUCUCCGCCAUCGGGAGUUUCCCUACCUCGGUUUGGUCCGAUCGUUGUUCUUCCUAGUGAACUGCAGAAGAGCGAGCUCGCGCUACCCGGUAAAAGAUUAUGUCGGUGUUGAUCCCGGAUGACCGGGCAUUCAGCAGCUUCAAGGAGGAGUGCGGGAGUGAGGAGGGCUGGAGUCUGACCUACAAUAAGACGGACAUGACAGUGUGGACUCAGACUAUAGGAGGAGACGAGGACAAGUCACUCCACAAGAUUAAGUGUCGGAUGGCGUGUAAGGACGUGCCAGCUGAGACCAUGUAUGAUGUUCUCCAUGACAUCGAGUACCGGAGGAAAUGGGACGCAAACGUCAUCGAAACCUUCGACAUCGGAAAACUCACUGUUAACGCAGACGUGGGCUACUACUCGUGGAAGUGUCCCAAGCCGCUGAGGAACCGUGAUGUCAUCACGCUGCGCUCCUGGCUGCCCACUGGUAGUGAUUACAUCAUCAUGAACUACUCUGUCAAACAUGCUAAAUACCCCCCAAAGAAGGACAUGGUACGAGCUGUGUCCAUCCAGACUGGCUACCUGAUCCAGAGCCACGGACCGAACCACUGCACUCUUACCUACCUGGCACACGUGGACCCAAAAGGUUCACUACCCAAGUGGGUUGUAAACAAGUCUUCCCACUUUCUGGCUCCCAAAGCGAUGAAGAAGAUCAGUAAGGCGUGUCUGAAGUACGGAGAGUGGAAGCAGAGACACAACCCGGGAUUCAAGCCAUGGCUCUACCCUGAGCAGACGACACUACCCACAAUCCCAUUGUCCGAGCUUAGCAUCCAGCACGCAGACAGCCUGGAGAACAUUGACGAGAGUACACUCAGCGAGAUGCAGACACGGGAGGAGAGAGAUAGCGACUAACACCACAUACACACACACCUCAGUGAGAUCAGAGAGGAGAGAGACAGUGACACAAACACACACCUCAGUGAGAUCGGAGAGGAGAGAGACAGUGACACAAACACACACCUCAGUGAGAUCGGAGAGGACAGAGACAGUGACACAAACACACACCUCAGUGAGAUCGGAGAGGAGAGAGACUGUGACACAAACACACACCUCAGUGAGAUCAGAGAGGACAGAGACAGUGACACAAACACACACACCUCAGUGAGAUCAGAGAGGAGAGAGACAGUGACACAAACACACACACCUCAGUGAGAUCGGAGAGGACAGAGACAGUGACACAAACACACACCUCAGUGAGAUCGGAGAGGAGAGAGACAGUGACUAACACCAUACACACACCUCAGUGAGAUCAGAGAGGAGAGAGACAGUGACACAAACACACCUCAGUGAGAUCAGAGAGGAGAGAGACAGUGACACAAACACACACCUCAGUGAGAUCAGAGAGGAGAGAGACAGUGACACAAACACACACCUCAGUGAGAUCAGAGAGGAGAGAGACAGUGACAAAACACACACCUCAGUGAGAUCGGAGAGGAGAGAGACAGUGACACAAACACACACCUCAGUGAGAUUAGAGAGGAGCGAGACCGUGACUAACACCACACACACACCUCAGUGAGAUCGGAGAGGAGAGAGACAGUGACACAAACACACACCUCAGUGAGAUUAGAGAGGAGCGAGACCGUGACUAACACCACACACACACCUCAGUGAGAUCAGAGAGGAGAGAGACAGUGACACAAACACACACCUCAGUGAGAUCGGAGAGGAGAGAGACAGUGACACAAACACACACCUCAGUGAGAUCAGAGAGGACAGAGACAGUGACUAACACCAUACACACACCUCAGUGAGAUCAGAGAGGAGAGAGACAGUGACACAAACACACCUCAGUGAGAUCGGAGAGGAGAGAGACCGUGACUAACACCAUACACACACCUCAGUGAGAUCAGAGAGGACAGAGACAGUGACACAAACACACAUCUCAGUGAGAUCAGAGAGGAGAGAGACAGUGACACAAACACACACCUCAGUGAGAUCAGAGAGGAGUGAGACAGUGACACAAACACACACCUCAGUGAGAUUGGAGAGGAGAGAGACCGUGACUAACACCAUACACACACACCUCAGUGAGAUCAGAGAGGACAGAGACAGUGACUAACACCACCCACUUUCUCUUUCCUCUUCAGUUAGUCUCUUUGUCCUGAAUCAUUGCCUCUAUUGCCCAUUAUACAUGAUGUGUCUCUGGAUGACACACACACACACACACACACAGGUCCACUCUCUUUUCCUCAACACUACAGUAUGAAUGUAUGUAGAGUUCAAUCUUAAAUACAGAUUCCUACAAAGGUUUUCAUAUUUCA